AAAGUAAGGUACCAGUAUUGCAAGCAAUUAUAAAUGACGAUAUAAGGCGUUUAUUGGCGCUGCACGCCGGGCACGGCUAAGAUUGGUACUAGAAGUCUCGAAUCCAAUUUUAUUAGUGCUCGGGCUACGAAUACAAAGACCUAGCACCGAUAAAACAUUUUACAACAUUUACAGAUGAUAAUUAGAUAACUAUAGUUUUCAUCCAUUUGGACCCACAAAGAAUACAAUUGUUUUAAACUCUGAGUAAAUUUCUCUUUCUCUUCUAAAGUCGAACAACAACUAUUCCCAACGAUACUCACUAAACUUCACCACUGGCUGGUUAUUCUUAACGUUUGUAAAAGAAAUAGAAAUGGAUAUAAAGCCAGAAACAAGUGGAAGUACAAGUGAGCGCGCAUAUGGUUCGAAACAUCUUCGAGACGAUGGAAUAACUUCAAUGCGGUUUCCACCUUUUAAAUUAGUAAUUGUGAAGUUUUUGGUUAAAUAUUGUGGUGCUGACUUAAGUUGUAAAGAUGAGUCGGGCAAAACUGCUUUACAUCAUGCUGUUGAUGUUGGUGAAACAGACAUUGUCAAAUAUUUUGUUGAACAAUGUGGCGUUGACGUAAAUGACAAGGAUGAAAAAGGGUGGACAGUUCUGCACCAUGCUGUUACUAAAGGUACGCCAGAAAUUGUAAAAUAUCUUGUUGAACAUGGCGCUGAUGUAAAUGACAAGGAUAAAAAAGGGUGGACAGCGCUGAACUACGCUGUUACUAAAGAUACGCCAGAAAUUGUAAAAUAUCUUGUUGAACAUAGCGCUGAUGUAAAUGAGGUGAAAAAUAGCGGGUGGACUGUGCGGCACGAUGCUGUUAUUAAAGGUACGGUACAAAUUGUAAAAUAUCUUGUUGAACAUGGCGCUGAUUUAAAUGGCAAGGAUAUUAACGGGCGUACAGUGUUGCACUCUGCUGUUUUUAAAGGUAGGGUAGAAGUUGUAAAAUAUCUUGUUGAACAUUGCGCUGAUGUAAAUGGCAAGGAUAUUGACGGGCGUACAGUGUUGCACUAUGCUGUUAGGUUUAAUAGAUUAGAGAUUGUCAAGUAUUUAGUUGAAAAGGGUGCUGACGUGACUCUUCACACUCACAAUCUUUGCAUUGACAUCCUCAAGAUGGCUGUUAAAAGAAAUUCAGUUGCUUUGAUCAAUCUUUUGUUGGAAAAGAACAUCGCUGUGUGGAGAGCUGGACCAUUUCUUGUUGAGGGAAGACAUAUAAGUCUUCUUGAAUUGAGUAUUCAGCUUGGUCAUGAUGAAAUUACAACUAUCCUCAAAAGGUCUAUAAAUCAUUGUGAGAAGAUUCAGAUGUUGAAAGAAAUGAAUUGCAACCAGUUAAAAGAGACUGAAACACCGAUGCAGGCUUUUGUCGCAAAGAAUCGAUUCAAAAUUGGUGCUGGUGGUUUUUCUGGUGUCUAUGUUGGUGUCAUGAAGGAUGGAAGUGAAGUUGCUGUUAAGAGAAUUUUGGUACAAAGUGAGGAUGAAACAGUUGAAAACGAAAAGGAAAUCAUGAGUCUCAUUGAAACAAACUCUCCAUUUAUAGUGAAGUAUCGACAUUUUCACCGUGACGAUACCUUCAUGUAUCUUAUUGUUGAUCUUUGCGAAGAAACCUUGAGGGAACUUGUUCAUGCAUGCAGUAUUGAACAUCUAAGAGAGCAAGAACGACGAAUGAUUAGGGAAAUUCUAUCAGGACUAGAAUUUCUUCAUGGCAAAGGAAUAUUGCACAGAGAUCUAAAACCAUCAAACGUCCUGGUUGAUAUCGAAGGUCGCAUGAAAUUGGCAGAUUUUGGAAUAAGUCGCGUUGUUAAUGAAGAUGAAACGACAGUUGAAACAGAUGCAAAAGGUACUCGUGGAUGGAUGCCACCGGAAGUAAUUGAAGCAAUAGUUAAAAAAGAAAAAAGUCGUUUUAAAAGGAAAUCUGAUGUCCAGGUUGCGGGUAUGAUUGCUUUCUUCAUCUUAACUAAAGGUGAACACCCUUUUGGAUCUGAAUUAGAUCGAAUGAAAAAUAUUUUAGAAGAUAAUCCUGUCAAUUUGGAGAAACUUGGUAAUCGCGGAGCUCGUUGGUUUGUGUCGUGGUUGAUUAAUCACAAGAUUGAUGAUAGACCUUACGCUCACGAAACACUGAGAUUCCUUAUUUAGCAACACCACAAGGAACACAGCGAACAAUUAGACCACCAACCACAACGUUAGUUUUAAAUGAUGAAUCCUUCCUAUCCCAAGUUUGUCCAUGAAGGAAAAAAAAAAUUAGCCAGGUUGUUUUAUCGCGCCCAUUGGGCAUUGCAUAAUUUUUAUAUACUUGAAAUAUCCUUGUUAUAAAGAGCUUAACACAACGUGUUGUUUUUUUAGGUAGAAUAUAAAUAUUACUACAUUCCUCAAUAUAUUGUACACUAUUUGAAAGAAAUAUUUCAUAACUGAGUGGCUGUUAGGAAGAUGAGUCACUCUUUAUGAUAGAUAAUCAGGGAGCUAUGAAUUUUGCCAGGAACCCAAUUCAGCAUCAGAGGUCAAAACACAUUGACAUAAAGUACCAUUUCAUUAGAUCAGAGAUACAGGAAGGCAGAGUUGAUUUAGAGUAUAUUCCAAGUGAAGAGAACAUUGCAGAUAUUUUCACAAAACCAGCCAGUAAGAUAAAAUUACACAGUUUCAGAUGUAUUAUGUUAGGAGAAUAAGAAAAGAAGGUAAGUAUAGUCAAAUAAGUGCAGGAUAGAAAUGUAAAGCGCGCGUAUAUACUGAUGGCCCGUCCUGCUGCACGCCAUCAAUUAUAAACGGUCAGAACAUAAAGAGCAAGUGGGGGUGUUAAACUAUGCUCUAUCAUAUAUUCUUGAUGAUCGAUUGAAUGUAAAUAUCUUUAAUUCUAUAAGUUCCAUAGAUAUAUAUGUAAGCAAAGUUAACUCAACGAAAAGACCAAAUAUGGCUAUAUAAAUGUAAAGUGAAAAUUGAUGUUAUACGUCCUAAACAUAUUACCAUGUAACCUCUUAUACAGGGUGUAUAAAAAAAAACGCAACCACUUGCGGAUUAUUUAAAAAAAACGCAACCACAGAAGCGUGCAUUGCGGAUUAUUUUCCCUCAUCAAAGUUAUAAUGAAGCACUGAAAGAGGCAUUUAUUCCCACCCUCUUUGACAGGCGAGAAAUGCUAUCACAAAGUCUUUUUAAAGAUAUUGUUGUCAAUGGAAACCAUAAACUUGCUGGUUUACUUCCCCCUCGUAAUAGCUGUAAUGGUUUUCUGAGAAAUAAUAGAACUUUUAACACGCCACAAUGCCGAACAGAUCGUUUCAAAAACUCUUUUAUAAUGAGUUUUAGUACUGAAGCAAAUUUUGCUAAUUGAUAACAAGUUGUAUAUAUGUAUUGUUUUCAAUUUUAAAUGAUUGUAUAUAUCUAAUCUAAAGAA